AAAAAGAUGUAACUAUCAGGAGUGACCCUAUCAGUGGCAGCAUGGACAGUGGAGUUAACGAUCAACGGCGCCGAGAGAGGUAAGGGAUGUCGUUCUCAUGCACGCGAAAGACAUUCGCUGAUAAAAAUUUUUGCGCGGAGGAUGAUUGAUCCUAGCACUGUGGGUCAGUGAACAUUAUAUUUAGCAGAAGUGCGCCUUUUCGUUACUUGGGCAAACGGUUGCAGAGCUUGUCAUAUGAGCAAUAUUUUAUGAAAACAGGCGGUGACUAUAACAAAAUUUUAACUUUAAUUUCAAGUUAACGGUUCGGCACUGCAGUAGCACGCGUUUGAAACAGCCCUAAGAUACUGCGGAGUAAGUUCCUCCAUGGUGAAAUGUCUAAUAAGUCGCCAUAUAUUACACACCGGUAAAAAUAAUCUUCAGUUCUUAUACGAGUCUUACUUCAUCCGUCGAAUCAGAUAAAUAGUGUGAAGAACAUUGUUCAUCAACCCUGACCCUUCUUAGGACAAAAAAAUCCUAAAAUACAUACCCUGUUUAGGACAACAGGCAAUACCCUGUUGAUAGUCUCACACGAAAUUAUAUAACCGUUUUAGGACAGAGAGGUAAAAAAACCAUACCCUGUCCAGUGGCACAUCGCCUUAUAGACCAGAAAGGGGAGUACCCCCCAGGGUCAUCAGUCUGCAAUUGCUCUUGAUCAAGUUAUCCAUGAUAUUUUUCAUUGUUUUAUUCUUCAUUUUCACUGUCACGCAAUAAACACGGCACAAAAAAAUAAAUUGGAAACCGUCCAGUGGAAGAAGCCAAGAAAAUGAAAUGUUAUAAAAGACUAAUAUAUAAACAAUUUAUCCAAAUCUCAGGUCUUUGUGGCCCACAGUUUCUGAGUUAUUUGCCAAAACAUUUUACGCACCUUUGUAGAGCUUUGUAUGGAGACGCCACAUUGGUGGACAGAACCUGUCAUGCACUGUGAAAACUCGCAAGUUCAAAUUGCUGUAUUUUUGAAAUCAAACAUGCUUCAGGGCUGGAAACUUGUACAUCACAAAGAUUUAUUUUCUAUUUAUCUUCAACUAGUGUAAAUAAUAAUUCGUAAUCUGAUGUGAAAACCAUCAAUUAAUGAGAAGGGUGUAAUUUGACCCUGAGGGUAUACUCCUGGGAAUUCUUCGUGGGUGAGUGCCAUCCAGUUCUCCAAAUCCUGAACCUAUUUCAGACCAAAAAUGUCACCUGACCUCUAAAAUCCAUACCCAUUUUCAGACCUGGCCUCUAAGUCAUCAUUACUCAGAUUAGAACACCAACAAAACUUGUUAAAAUCCAUUUCUCUUUCUUUCUCAUUUGGAAGAAAUGAUAAACAGAUUCAUACGCUCCCAUGACUUCCCUCAAAACCCAUAAAAUUCUGAAACCCGAUUCUGAGAUCUGUGAUCCCUAAAUGAAAGUAAAUCUAAACUUUUCUUCAAUAAAAUGAAUGAAGAAGACUUACCUUUGAUGUAUUUCAAUCUGGGUUGGGUUUCAUUGCACCAGCAGAUUUUUUAGACUUGUUGCAUAACCACUGUAAUUUCCCUCAUAAGGUGAAGUCGAGACGAUCCUAAUGGUCAUAGUCAUCUGGCAGGUUUCUGGACAAAUCAUGAUAAAAAUGCUUCACAGAAAUUCCUGUGGUUGUAUAAAUUCACUGUCACACUUGUAGUUAAAUUUCAGUUCUAGAAUACCUGCUUAAUUACAUGAAUGCUUGCCAAUUUUAUUGAGAUGACAUAAUUAUUAAAUAAUGUCUUGUUUAUUUAGUUCACGUGUUAAGGUUAGGGUUAAGUUAUUGUUAUCAUUAUUUAGUUGACGUGUUACACUCUAUUGUUUUUUUGGCCAAGACAAGUUUUUUAUUACUGAAAACACAAGAAAAGGUCACGUACAACACGAGAGAAAGAAAAACUAUACAUAGAAAAUGAUACUUUUGCUAAUACACAAGAAAUGAUCAAUUAAGUGAAAAUGAAAUCUUAUAGUAACUUUAACUAACCUUUGAACAGAUGGUGUGUCAUGUGGUCCUUUGCAUCAAAAUCCUUAAAGGGGAAGAUUUGCCUGCUGCUAAUCUUAAUUAUGAGGAAAACUCGUUUUUGAGAUAUAGAUGUAGUAAAAGUAAUGGUUCUAGGUCAUGGCUUUAAAAUCCCCUGAAGUGUAUCGAUAUACCACAUUUCAUCAUAAUAAUACUUCAUAGCAAUGAUUAUAAUAAUUAUUAUACAUUGUACUCAUUAUCUGUCUUCUUAUGGGCUAAGAACCUACAGCUAAUUUUGGAAAUCGGUGCAACUUACAGAUUGGUAAUCUGCUAGUAGAUAACUGACUAAACUUUAGGUUGCGUGGGCAAUGCCUGAAUUCCGAGAACAAUAAUAUCAAUUCAGGUUCCUUGCAAUGGUGUGUUUGUCGUUAUUUUCUUACAAUGAUUAAUAAAACUCAGUAAUUUAAUAGAUAAAUAAUCAAGGUCUCAGUAAGUGUUAUCAGCCUCAGCCUUCAGCUCGGCAGUUAAAACUUUCCUCGACCUUGAUUAUUCCGGAUAUCUCAAAAACCUCAUCCAAUAAUUGUUUAUUGUUGUUAUCAUUAUCAUUAUUGUUAUUGUUGUUGUUAUAAUUUAUGAUUUUAACCUAGCCAGGGAAAGGGUUAUUGAGGCAGAUAGUGAUGUCAAGCUACCCAUGGGAUAAGCCAGUUUCAUGUAUACAUGCCCAUAGAGGGAUCCGGGGGACUUGGGUUAAUUUUUGCUGGAUAUGUGCCGCUGGCUCUCAGAGCCCCUACCCCAUUUUAGUCUAUUUUUUGGCCAAUGAUAGACCCCAUCUUAGUCACUUUUUGGAAAAUGUAAUUUCCACAAUCCCAACUUAGUCACUUUCUAUUAAUGCAUCUACCUUGUCAAUCUUUUAAAAAGAUCAUCCAAAAAGUAUCUUCGAUGGACGAUAACAAUCCAGUAGAAAAGCACAUGCCGUAGCACUGAUGACACUGAUGUUUCAGUGGACUUUGUUCUAGACGCGUGAUUUUGUGCUAUUGAGUAACUGGUGUUAAGUUGUGGUUUCAAGAACGGAAUGUACUGCGGUCAAUGCCAGCUUAUUGUUAAACUUAAUAACAACAACUUUCUGAUCUUUUUAACCGAGAAUCUUCCCAUUUUGAAUCCCUACGGCUACUUACCCCAAAAAUCCGAAAAUGUGCGACCCCAUUCCAGUCACUCCAGUCGUAAAAAUGCGACCCCAUCCAGCGGCAAAUCCCCAUUAGCCUCUUGUAAGGAAGUACAUCCCCCCCCCCCGGAAGAGGGACGAGUGGAGAAAAUGGUGCCUGUUUUGUUCAAUUACGAUAAAAUUGUUAAUUUGCAUACCUUAAUGGUCAUUGGUGCAAGUACAUUUUGUCCCAAAACCUGUGGGGUUUGAGCUAGCCUGUUCCAGGCUCUCAGAUAGAGGGGAAGACGUGAAAGUAACAUGCAUGGGAAAAGUUGGCGGGCACCUGCUCUCCCCAGUUUCCUCCCGUUUUAUUUUCGUGUUUGCGCUAUCUCAAUUCAGCGGACCCGACUAUCUCGGAGCCUGGAACAGGCUAGGGUUGAUCAAGAUCAGGUCAAAUUUGUUUUCAGGUUAAAAAUUUUCAACCUAGGCUGAUUCUUGAUUUCCUUUGUCUACUAUAGGGCUAGAGGACAAAGGAAAUUGAGAAUUAAACUUAGUAUAGGUUAAAUCAAAAUUACCCGAGAUCAAAUUUGGUAUAUAUUUUAAAUCCCUGGAGCACUCCUCUUGGUCUGCUAAGCCCAAGAAAAAUUUCCACUUGCAUGCAUAGCUCAAGAAAAGUAUGCUCAUUGUUGUGUGUUAAGCCAUGUAGCCUGAAGAUUAAGGCAAGCAUAUGCAUAUUUUUCACUGUAGCUAUAGUAUACUGAGAAGAGAGUGAGACCAUCUUUAUUGCCUAGUAUUUGCAUAACUUUGUCAUCUAGGUUGGCUUGGUUAAAGAAAAAACUCCUUCAAGCUACAUCCAAGCAAGUUUAAGAUUAAAUUAAGGCUAAUUAUUUUAUAAUUAUAUUAUUCUGUUUAUUAUAUUAUCAUUAUCAUUGUACUUCAGCCGGUAUUCACUCAAAUGUUCUUCCCAUUGCAAAACCAAUGGCCAUCUAUCUGCCCAUGCAACUAUAAACUAAGGCUAAAUAAUUCUCACCACUUAGAAUGAGAAUCAGGCCUCAUUCCGUUCAAAAGGUCAGGUCUUCAAGUAGAAAGGGUAAUGUCCGACACAUCACCAUAACUCAUACGGACUAGAAAAGCUUUCGGGCAUACAUUAUAUGGACUUUCUAUGUCAUUCUUUAGCUUCAAAAUGAUAAUCUUUGACAUCUUUGGUAUUUUAUUUGUCCAUUCAUCAUAGACCGACCGCGGGUAGAAUGUCCUCAGACAUAGGGCAUAUUUUAGUUAGACACUGCCCUUGCAAUGACUGACUGUUUUACUGUUAUUUGCAGCUCUGAAAGGUGGAUACUGAUUUUCACUUCAUAAUCACACAACUCAGUAUUUUGCUGUACAGCUAUGAACAUUCUAUUUUUAGCUUUACUUUUGACUCUCGUAUUCCCCAUUUUAACUUUUUAACAGUUUCACGAGAACAGAAACUCCCCCAGAUGAGCUAGUGGAAGUUCCAAAAGAAUACAAAGGUUUAGUGUUCGGCAAAGGGGGCAAAAAUCUAAUGGAUAUCAGUAACAAUACAGGAGCAAAAGUAAUUCGUAGAAACGGAGAAGUCUUCAUUAUUGAAGGUACAGAGGAAGCAAGGGAGAAGGCAAGAAUAGAAAUCAAAGUAAAAAUUGUAAGUAAAUGAAUAAGCUGAAUGUAGUAAAUGAAUAUAGCGGAAUUUCCGCCCGCGCGAAGCCUCCAUUGCUAUCGAUGCGAGGAAAUUUUCUUUUGACGCCAGCGUACGCUCGUCUGCCCUCCUCCCGUACAGACUCUGGGGCUGGGGAAGAGGAGACUAAGUUAGGGAGGGGAAGAGUCCAAGAUAUGCACCUUGCAUUUGUCCAGACGAAAGUUGGCCAGUCUAAAGGAAACCUUCUGUUUAAGUCUGUGUUUGACCUACAAAAAAAACAAAAAAUAAACCUGGUCAAAAUCUUGACAGGUGAAUUCAUACAUUAAAAAGUACCCAACAUCUGGAAAUGAGGGACUUUAAGCAAGGAUUUCGGAAGCUUCUAGUACGUUGACCGGAAGUACUUUUUUCCCGCCAGGUGUCAAUGCCUCAAGUAACGACUUUAAAGGAGCUGUAUAACGAAAUUUAUCAAACUAGCACUGUGGGAAACAUAAACAUAACCGCUCAAAACAUUAAAAGAAGUUAUAAAUACCACAUCAGAUACAAAAGUAGGCACGAAUGGACACAUUUGAAGACAGAGAUUUUAAACAGAUUGGAAUUGCGAAGCAGAUCUGUCUUCGACUUAAGCUCAUUAUGUCUUGAACUAUCCGUCGAUUCGUCCAUCUAUCCUUUCAACCAUCCGUGCAUUUGUAUAUGUCAUUAUUCCUUCAUUCCCUCUUAUCAUUCAGAGCACUCGCUUUACUGGUGACAGUUAAAACUGGAGUGAUGGAAAAUGGUGACUGGAGCACCGUUCUAAUCUAUAAGCUUUAACUUUAAUAUUAUUGGAAAGUCAUAUAAAUAUCUGUUACACUCAUGAAGGCAUCGUUUAUUGCUAGGCUGGAGCGAGACUCAGAGGUCCAGGAAACAAAUUCAAUAAGUUCGGUGUCUACAUCGAUGGCCUCAAUCUCCCAGAGAACUGUAAACUAAAACUCGAGCAAGUGAGUCAUGAAGAUCGUGUUGUUAUCCCGGAGUCGUAUACACAAUACCGCCUGAAACCGGUCAAGGAGUUAAUGCAACAGGUAUGCCUUUUUUCUGUCGUAUACAAAGUGAAGGAGCUCUGUCGGUAGUCAACGUGAAAUCGAAGAACAACGAACUUCUAAACUUCUAAGAAUUUUAGCUGAUUGAUCAAUCAAAUUAAACUGCAUAUUUACACGCAUAGAGACAAAUCGCAUUAUUACUAGUAUUUUUUUUUAACACCACCAAUAAUAAUACGGCUAAGACGAAAGAAAAGACGAAACGUUUUACAGGUAACAAGAGCAUGCAAUUCUCGGAAAGUAGCCAUUGUUCAACUGAUAUUAAUGCAGGCUGAUAUUUCUCAUCAUUCUUUGUCACUGAGUGAAAGAAUAGAAUUAAAAGAUCAAUUUGAUUCAUUGCUGGGAACCUCUCGACACCGGCUUUACAUAAGGUAAACCUGACAGAGUCUUCUGUCCCGGAUAAUUCAUCGCACCUGAGUAGAUCGAAUGAACACAAAUUAUCAUUGAAUAUGACUGAUAACACAUUCUCAUCUUACUUUUUUUCUCCUUAUUCAAACGCUCUAAAACUGUGUUUGGUAAACGAAAAAUACUUGUUGUUCAACACGUCAGUACAAAUUCUAGUACUAGAUAAUUAUUGAGCACGUGAUGUUGGACGAUUCCAGGUGUUGCACCUUUAGAUUAAACACAAUUUUUUAAAUUAAAAAACAGAAACACAAAUGUUUUCGCUUUACUUAGAGAUAAGGUGUUUAAUAGCGUUUUUGGUUCCUGCUUUAUAUAGUUUUCAAUGUUGUUGGGUCAUGGAAAUUAUCAACACAAGAAGCAGUUAAAAAUUAUGCAAGUGAAAAUUAUUAUAGUUGUUUAUAGUUGUCUGUUGUACUCUCAUUCUUUAGGAAAUUAGCACUCCCACUGAUGAACCAAUCUACCUAUUAAAUCUCUUCAAUGAUGCUUUGGAAUCUCUUCGAAGGAUAAAACAGGAAAUGACCACAAAAGAGAACCUGAAAGCCGAUAUGUGGUGUCAUUUUGGAAAGGCCGUCAUCCGAGGACCUGACAAAGGUAAUAUCGCAUGUGAGUCCUGUAAUCUUUUGUCUGAUCCAUCAGGUGAAAAAUUGUGGCUAAUUCUCUAGCUUGUCAGUCUGUUGUUCGUUAGUUCAUUGAAUACUCCUGCUCUAUGGGUUGAUUUCCACUUUCGCGCAAUUUCUUCGCGCGAACGCACGUAAAAUUUACCGGCGUAAAUGAAAUGGAGGCAAUGUAUUAAAGACUACGCGGGGUAAACGUGAAAGUUGAACAAGGGUCACUUUUUACGUUUACGAGUGACCUUUCAUACUUUGCCUCUAUUUUACUUACGCGCUUAAAAUUACGCGACAGUGGAAAUCCACCUUAAGAGAGUAAUUGAAGAGAGCCCAGGUUAAAACCCUUGACUUGUGAGCUGAUUUUGCGUUUUGCUUUAUCCUUAUCAGUUUUUAUUUCCCCAUUUUCCCCAAGCCUUUAAUUGCCUCUUAUUUUGGUGUGGAGCACGUGUGGGUGGGGGAGGGGUAGUAAGGGGAUCAUAAGGACGGGAACGGACCAGCUCUGAUGUUUAAAUAUUCUGUCUUUCUUUUUUGUAUCUUAAUGUCAUGAAAUAUGCAGAAGAAGCUGAUCGAGGAAGUUGGAAUAUCGAUGACGCAACGAACAAGUUUAAAUCAUCACUUGGAGGAAACUUAUGGAAAACUGCAUUGAAAUCAGGAGUGAAAUUGGACGCGAACGUCCUGGAAAGACAUAUUUGCGAUAAAACUCCAGAUGAGUACGUCAAUUAUGCUGCAAGAUAUGAGUUAGCAUUUGUAACCCCGUGCGGCUAUCAAGUGAUAUUGAAGGUGAGGUUCAAAAUUCAUUUCGUCACUUACACGUGUAUCGCUUUUUUUGCUAAUACUUUAUCCUUUUUAUCAGAAGCGCGUGCCACUUUGCAGCUGGAAUAAAGGAUGGCAGGGUUUUUGGCCCAGAUGCCAAAACCUUAACGAGGCAUCCUAGGUUGAGUGUACGCGUAAAAGAACUAACAAUUGGCAUAUACGGAAUGUAUGCCAGUGACGUUUUCCAUAUUGUCUGGAGACAGAAUUUGGUUAGGUCGACAUUUCGUCAAUAAAAAAAUUAAGCCAUAGUCGAACGGUUAACAGAAUAAAUAGGAAAUCAUUACGGCGCACCAUGCAAUGAUAGUUAAUCAGCGAAUAGCUACAGGAGUCAUGAUAUUGACCUGAUCUUAUCUUGAUAUAUAAAAACAAGAAAUCUGACACAAAUUAAUUUGACAGAAUAUAGAUCACAACUAUGCGUCGCUAAGCGAACUUCAAUUCAAAAUAGUAUAUGUAGAAUGAUUUAGUAGUUGCGAAGUGAACAACGAAAUAGAAACCUGUCAAUUUUGUUGUGUCGAGGCUUAAUUUAGCAAGUGUUUACGUAAACUGCAAACGAAGGUGCCAUAACCAAACUCUGUGAGGAGGUUCUUACUAACAUAAAAACACUCAGCUACUACCAGUUUAAAAAAACAAUACAAGCGAAUUCUGCUCAACUCUAAAAAAUAACAGUGUCAAAAAAUGACUGUUUCACAUAACCCUCCAUAGCUGCACCUAGCGCACAUAUUAAGUAUUUUCAUUCAUAAUAAUUUAUAACGGUAGCAAGUUCGAAAGAUACGCUCCUCUGACCACCGUCACUUUUCUCAAAGCCAUUCACUUCUACCUUUUUUAUCUUAUUUGUCAGUGUUCCAGCCAGAGUGCGCCAUUGCGUGAAUCCCGCAAAAGAUUGAGAGAUGGCCCCCACCAAAAGCGUUGAAGGGCCAUUAUGGCCCUUUCCUUUUUUAAUUGCCACAAUAAUUUUCCAAUUAAACAGAAUUUUUAAUCUAAAGAACAACGACUCGGUACCUUUGUACACAACAUGAAAAUCAAUCGAUGAAUCUUCUUGAGUCUACCUGAUUUACCAUGAGUGGUCUGGAGACCACUGAGCCUCGACUUAGCUUUUGUAAUAUCACGGAAGCUCAUGGGUAUCCAUCAUGGCGUCUUGAAAAAGGAUAAACCUGACAAGCGCAUCUUCGAGGUCUAUCAAAAGCUUUCUCUCAGUAAGUAGUGAAAAAGUGGAUGGAGGUGCAGCAGUUCAGAAGAAGCGAAUGGAAGCAGAUCUUGACGGUGAAGUGGAAAAUGAGAUGAAAAAAAUUACCUACUAUUUUUAUUGCAUACAUUCUGAUUGUACUGUUUGCUUUAUUGCCGAAGAUUUCCUCUAUUGUGUAUAAAAAGGGAUCCUCGAUGUCAGCUUCAAAUAAACUGCCAUUUUCAUUUCCUUAACUUUCUAAUUGUUUCUUCUCGUUUGCAUAUUAGAGAGAUACUGGUACAUUGGCCCUUUCUUGAAAUAUCUGGCCCCCAAAAAUGGGUUGUAGGGGCCACUUUGGCCCUCAAGCCGAAUUUUCUGGCUGGAACACUGUAUUUGUUAUUUGUUUGUUGUGUUAUUCUCUCAACAAUGUAAGUUUUAUAUUAAGUGUAAAUAAUAGACUGAAACUGAAAUUUGACCUUGUUUAACAUUGUUGCUUCCGCGCAGGCGGAUCACGCCUUAAGUCCUAGGUCUGCAAUAUGGAUGCAGUUCAAAUGCAGUUCUAUUUUUUUCCACUGGAGUGCCAGAUAAGUUGUGAGCUAAACGUAAAAGCCAGAGAUCUGAAACCAUUUAGACACAUUCGCCAGCACCACGUUACUCCUCCAACUUUGUUGGGUGUUGUAAAGACUGAGAUACAACCACACCAUCCAAAGUUUUUAAGAAAACGUUUAUUAACGCGAAUAACAAAAUAAAGGUCGAACUGCGUCCUGAGAUGCCAUGAUUUCGAUUUCUGUUGCAUGCUGAUGACAUCUUUCUCCAACAGGAGACCUCACCUAAUUUUUCGGACGGUAGCUCUUAUUCUCUUGUCAAUAAUAGAACUGAAAGCACCGUGCGACGAGAUUUGCGUCGGCUUCUACUAAAAAAGCUACAAAAUUUUAAGUUACUGUUAGAUUUUUCGUUGUUAUUACACAGGUGUGGGUCAAAAAAGGGGACGUCGGCAAAAAACUGGAAGAUAUACCAGCUCCUUUUAGUGACGUCAAGAAUAUUUUGAAGGAAAUAGAAUUCAAAGAUGAAAUGACACGUUCACGAUGCAAGGGAUGGCUGAUUCUACCAUCUCGCAAGUACCUGCAAGCAGACAUUUUGUUUCCUGGCUGCGCAUUUGAUUGUAGGCUCCAUAUUCGUGGAAGGAUUGGUACGAUUAAGUGUAACAGCUGUGAAUACGUUAAUAGAAGCGUCACAUUACAUGCAUUUAUAGCCCAGUGUUAAUACUCGACCGUUAUGUCUAUUUAUCUUGGAAAAGAAAACACGCAAAUAUUUAACAAUUAUUCGCCGAAGGCGAAGUUAAUAUUGUUGAAUAAUCCCCGAGACGAAGUCGAGGGGAUUAUUCAACAAUAUUAACUGAGCCUGAGGUGAAUAAUUGUUUUAGUAUAUUCACACGAAGUGAUCUCAACAGAAUCAGAAAGGAAACCAUUAAAAAACGAUUAGUUUGAUUGACGGGUGAAUUCAUGCGUGAACACGAAGCCGUAAACAGUGGAUGCGCAAAAGUUAGAUCUUGACAGUAUCUUUAAAGAAGGCAAAUGAUAGUUUUAAUCUUUUUGUAUCCAGUUUUGUAACCUUUAGCAUCAACGGUUUAAAAGAAAACGCCGAAAAUUUAAAUUACUAUCCAAUUCUGAGAAGAAAAGUAGAGCUUAAUUUGUUUCUGUCAACUCACCUUGAACAAUGUUGAAUGAGAAAGUUUUCUUUGUGGCUUCUUGCAAAUGCUGUCAACAGUUGCUACGAUCAAGGUGAUCGUUGUUUAUCUCCAAUGUUCUUUGGCUUGGUAACUUCCUGGCACGUACAAUUUUCGAAAAUAUUUGCCUUCCUCUGUUCUCCAUAAAUUAACUUCUAUUUAUAGGCAAAAUUGGUCUUGCGAGAAAAUCCCGAAAUCACAAAACAGUGACAAAGCGACCUCGUUUUCCUCUGUAGUGGUAAACAUAGCUUCGAACGUACAAAAGGUCAGCUACAGUAAACCACUUCCCAAUAAAUCACGCUGUUUAAACACCAUGAAGUCUUUUCUUGCCUUCAAAGUCAUCAGCACUUGGAUAUUCGUGUAUUUUCAGAAAGGCUUUACCCUGGGCUUUACUAUGAAACUCUGGCAAAACACCCAGUUCACGACAGCGAUUUUGUUCUGCUUUAUAUUCACCGCCUAGCGCGGUGAAUAUAACGUCAUAGUCCGAGAUAGCUAACCAAUCAGAUUGCUUGAAUUACCAAGAUCACUGAGUGUGUAUAUACUAAAAUAACAUAUUACAUAUUGGUAUAACACCUUUGUGUACUAUUUUAAGCUUUAACUUGCCCGAAGUGUCCUAAUUGCCCGUUUGAAAAAUUCAGACACUGAGUGUCACUGUCAUCUUGGUAAGACAUUGCCCUAGUUCAUUCACCCCGUUGUGCUAACCUUAUGCACCUCGGGACUGGUAAAUCAAGUGUUUAUAAACAUUUUUUUGUAUAUGUGCCAAAUUUCUUGUAUGAAAGUAGUUUUGUUAGCAGCAGAGAUACCUCGCCCAUAUUUUUCUUCUGUAAAUGAAUCUUUUGCACUAAUUUGUGAUGCAUUGGUCUCUCAUCAUGCAGACAAUGCUCUUGUGGCAGACUACGCACCUAAGACAGAGGUGAUACAGACACUGGCAAGAUACGUAUCUGACCUGACUUUAACAGAUGAAGAGGGAAUUGGAUUUUGUCGACUACCAGAGGGGAAAAUACCCCACGGAUUUCAUCUUACUUAUAGACGGUGCUCCAAACGAUCUGUGUAUGAAAUUAGUCCAGGCUUCACAACCAUUCUUUCUAAGGAAAACUCCUGGCGAAGUGACGGGCUGAACAAGGAAUCAAGAGAAUCGGUAUAAUGAAAUUAUGACCAUUUCUCGACUAUUUUGUUCUUAGAAAACUUGAAGUAGAUGUGUCGCCAUGUCAUAAACGAUUGCAGAAGAAGAUUUACUGAAACACACAUCCGGCUGCGUAGUAUUUAAAGGAGCUGUGUCACGAAAUUUAGCCAAAUUAGGUAAUACAAAAUGCCCGUUAAAUUAAGGGAAACAUAAAAAUAACCGCUUGAAACAUUAAAGGAAGGUUAAAAUAACACAACAGAUACAACAGAUGCCACGGAUGGGCAAAACUGAAGAAGAUUGAAACGGAUUGAAAUUAGUGUUGUUGAAAACUGUUUAGCCUAACAGUUUUUCAAAGUUGAUCCCUGCUGCUAGCAACUUCAAAUAUAAUGCUCCGGAGACAUAUUUGUUUGUCUCGGAUCUCUGAUUUUGUCAUCUACGUGUAAUUUCUUUGCUUACUUUAAGUUCCAUAGCGACUGAGGGCGAGUGAUUGGCAAAAUUAAACAAAAUGAACUGGACUGCCGUGACACAGCCCCUUAAAGUGAUUCAGGUUUACCUGAACUACGAUAAUUCUUAGCAUUAUCAAUUCAUUAUUUAAUUAUUUAUUCACUGCUCUGGCAGACCGACCUACACCUUCACUGCAGAGAGUGGGACAAUUUGCUUAAUAAUGGAGACUGGAGCCCGGAAGUGAUAGCUGGGACACUACCAGAGUUUUUUCGCUUCGUGAAGAAGGUGCAAGCAAUUGUCUUGGAGGGAGAAGGUAAAAAGUAUUAACUAUGGUUUUGUGCAGACAGUAUCUUAGGAUUUUAUACAGAAGCCUUAAGAUCGUUAUAUUUUGUGUCACAUGACAAUCUGCUAGAAGUAGAAUAUAAGCACAUGCAGCUUUCGACAGCAAUUUUUUUUUAUCAGGCGCCACUAUUCUCAACUUCAAUUCUGACUGCUCCAAAAAUUGAUACACCUCAUUAACUCACUUGAGUAACAAUCGUUAUGAACACGCCACAGCCGUGACAUACCGCCGCCGCUCUCCCCCCCCCCCCAAAAAAAAACAACAACAACAGCUAUUGGUAAAAAAGGGACCGUGAAUAACCCGUUGGGUUUUUUUAUUCAUACUACGUGUAUUGCGUGCUUUCGAAAAUGCCCAUUAUCCUUUAUUUAUGUCUUGUUAUUGUAACGUUUAUGUUAUGGACCAAUUGUGUUUGUAGGGUCUAUUAUUAUAUGGCUGAGUCUGUUUUCGCCAUUCGAUUGGUCAAUUUGCAGUCCGUAACGUGCUAUACGGACCAAAAUUUUUAAAGAAAAUUCUCAUUUCGGAGCUCUAAAUCUCUUUUCCUCGGAAAAAAGGUUUAAAUAAAGUUGUAAGACGCCUGUUAACCUUAAGGACUUGGAUGUUGACUUUGGCCUUCAACAUUUUAAACUGUGUUUAUUUGUGAACGAAAGCGAUGAAGAAGCUAACUCGUAAUCUUAUCGAAGAGGAUUCUAGUCAGUGUUUGAAAAUUUUAUCGUAGUACACAGUUAAGAAGAUGAAAAUCGACUGGCAGAGAUUCGAGAUGUUUUGCCUUAGAGAAAAUGAGUAAUUCCUUCGACAAAUAUGAUAACAAACAUGCCUGCACCCGAUCAUCUUGACAAGCUUCCAAAGAAAGAAAGAUAGAAGCGACUUCGAGUCAGACACAAUGUCCAGUUUUCAAAAGACUCCAGCGCCACAUCAACGAGUGAAUUCUUACAGUGCUCUUAGUUUUGACCGAAUAAACUUUAAAAUAUGUCUGUAAAACCUGGGGACUGGGAUGUUGACAUUGCCUUUCCAAAUUUUAAGCUGUAGCUUUGUUUUAAUGAUGUAGAAACUGAAUCAUAACCUUACCGAAGAAGAGAAUUCUAGUCAGUGUUUGAAAAUUUCAACGCAGAUCACAAUUGAAGACGAAAGUAAACUGGCAGAAAGAGAGGUUUUUCCAAAAACAAUUAACGAGCGAAUCCUUCGACAAUGACAACAAACUUACCUUGAAAAGCUUCUUUGCCUUUCGCAGUGUUUUUUUUUCACAAAGACAAACGGAGCAAAGACGGAAAAGACUUCUAGACAGACACAGUGUCCGGUUUCCAAAAUACUCCAGCGUUACAUUAAAGAGCUAAAGCUUACAGUGCUCUUAGUUUUGACCGAAUAAACUUUUUCACUGACAUGGCGAAUUUGUUUUUACUUUCUCGGAAAGCCUUUGUUAUGUGCUAUUGUUUUCGUGCGCCAAUAAAAACUUUCUUUUUUGACGCCUGUCAAAUGACUGUCAAAUCGUGCGUCCUGCACUUGUUUCCGGUCCCCCAAACAGGAAGAAGCCAUAUAAUAAACAUCUUACUAGCCUCGUUUUUUCGAUCCGUACUGUAAAUUACGGAUCCUCUUUUUUUCCAUCGAUUUAUGGCCCGCGCGCUUCGCGCUUGGGCCAUAAAUCGAUGAAAAAAACUCGGUCCGUAGUUUACAGUACGGACCGAAAACUCGGCUAAUAAGAGGUAUUUAUACCAUGCCAAUCAGAAAGCUAUAAACCCAUUGGAUAUUCUGCGGUAUUCGAUUUAGGUUUCUGGGAAACUGCCUGCUUACCCCUCCCCUAAGCCAACAUUUUGCCCAAAGUGAGCAGUAAGUGUUAACGUUGGCAAAGGUAGGGGUAGGUGGGCAGUUUCUCAGAAACCUAAGUUGAUCCCGGUAUUCAACGGGUAGUAUUUCAAGAAAAAAAUCCCAGCGAUGAUGACGGCCCCUAUUUUUCCGCCGAAAACAGAGAAUAUAGCGACAGCCAAAACGUUUCAUGCUACACCAGUGGUGGAUCCAGGGAAGGUCUGGGUCCAGCACUGUACACAAAUUUGCAGAGGUGUUAUUCUGAACUUAGUAAAUAACACUUUAAAACCCGAGAACCCGAGAAAAAGUUAUAGUAAUACCUGAGAAAACGAAAUCAAACAGACUACAAUGGAAAAACAAGUGGGGUGGAACCUUGAUGUAACUAACGGCCAAGAGACUGGCAAAAUUUGUUCGCUAUAGCGAGGUUUAAUCAUACCAAGGUUGUUUUUCACAAGUUUUUACUAUUUUUGGGGUAAAGAAAAACGUUCGUUAUACCGAGGACUUUGUUAUGUAGAGGUUUGUUAUACCGAGGACUUCGUUAUGUAGAGGUUCGUUAUAUCGUGGUUCCACUGUUAGGGAAUUUUUAAGCCGAGAGCAACCAAUGUUGUGGACUAGGCCAUCAUGGAUCCUCAUUUUGAAGGAACAAGCCCAACUGAAAUUCCCCAGAAACAUUCGAAAGCUCCCUUCCCUGUAUCCCCUUUUCUUCAGAAUGCAGGUAAAGUAUACAACGGUGAAUACGAACUUUUCUCAUUGACAAGCUGUCGAGCAUUUGGGCAAUGUUGUUUUCAGUUAACGUUUCGUUGAGUGGCAUGGGAUAAAUUAGUUAUGCGAUGCUCUCUCAUGGUAUACCGUGAACAUCCCUCUUGAGACUUUAUUUUUCUUUGUAUACACACUGGCCUAAAGGCUCGUAUUUAUACUUAGAAACAUCAAGCCACUCGUGGGAUGUUUUACGGUAUAACACUCGAAAGAAUGGCAUAGCUAGUAGAUAGUAUAAAUUACUUCAAUAUUGUACCUGUAUACAUUUUGUAUAUUUUUUUCUCUAAACUCUUUUUGUGAGGUCCAUAAAUUAGAAACCUGUUAAAGGUUAUAACAUCUCUCUCAAUGAGUAAAGUUAAUUGUGUUGUGUUGAUAAUGUAUUUAGAUUUAGGAUCGAGAGCCAUUGGUUUUUAGGCUGAUCUAUUGUUAAGCAUUACUCUCGUUAAAUAAAGACUAACUUUAUAGUUUUUUAUUAUAAUUAUUAAAAAACUAUACAAUCUGGUAGGUUCAAGAGGUCUCUUCAAAAGUGUAUAGAGUAUCAUUUCAGUUAAUAAACCCUGCAAAAUGUAGCACCUUGAGAACUGACGAAAUUUUGUCGUAAGUUAAUGACAAGCCAUUUUACCGCUCACGUCUCUUUUUUACAGUUAAAGAUGAUUUUAAAGUUAAGUUUUAACAUUAUGAUAAAGUCAAAAACGUGAACUAAGACAUUAAGCGAAAUUAAAGGCGACUAUUGGGUUUUCAUUGUUUUCGUUUUUGGUUGCAGUUCCUCCCGAGAUACUUGCGCGGGGUCUUGCAGCGGUAGAAGCCUACAACAAGGCCCUUUUAAGUGGAAAAACCCUUCUCAAAAGGCUUCCGUUAAUGCUUAUUGGUCAGGACCAAGCAGGAAAGACCAGUUUAAAGAAAUCUUUGAGAGGAACCUUUUUCGAUCCGGAGGAAGACAGCACUGAUGGCAUAGAUGUGGAUUCUUCUUUCUUCAACGUGUGCACAGAGACAUGGAGGACUGGAGAACAGGAUAAAGGACAAAAUUCAGUUAAGGAGAUUUCCUUUGAUUAUCAAACUGCACGACGUAUUGCAGAUAGUCUGAAAAAAGAAAGGAAAAGUACCAAAGAAAACACAGUCACAGAGAAGGAGUCAAGUCUGUUCGAUUCUGAUAGUGCUAACGUAGAACCGGACAAGCGAAACACUAAGUCAUCAACAGCUGGAGAAAACCGUCAGAAAGCUAGAUAUCCACCCCCUACCACCAGUAUAAAGAUACCCAGUGUUGCCCCUGAUCGGAAAGAAUCAAAGCCCGUAGGGAACUUUUCAGCUUUAGAUGUUCCUGAUGAGGUGGCGUCUGUGGCUGAAACGUUACUCCAAAGUGACAGGGAGGAUAAUGAAGACGACGUUUAUUCAACUUUCUGGGAUUUCGCUGGUCAGUCUGUUUACUAUGUGACACAUCCACUAUUCCUUACGAAGAAAGCCUUAUACUUCUUAGUGUACGAUCUGACCUUAAAUCCACACGAUGAAGCUAAGCCUUUGGUGAAGAGUGGAGUAUACAAGAAGACUCUGGAAAGCUUCAGUAGUCUAAAGACCAAUUUAGAUUAUCUGGAGUUUUGGAUGAAGUCGGUUGCGUCUCUAGCCAGUCAGGGGGAAUGUCUGAGCUCGGAAUUGCUACCAGAGAAACUUCCUCCAGUUUUCUUGGUAUGCACUCACGCAGAUACACCUUACCGCGGCCGUGAUCCGAAAGACCUUGCCAUCGAAAUCUUUGGUUUACUAAAAAAUAAACCAUUCGGUUGCCACCUGCAUGACGUGCCGUUCUUUGUAGAUAACACACGUUUGCGAAACAACAAUUCUGAGUGCUCACAAGUCCAGCUCUUGCGGAAGGAAUUAGUUUCCGUCGCCAAAGAGCUACCGCUAAGCCACGACACCAUUCCAAUCAAAUGGCUAAAAUUUGAGAAGGCGCUUCAAGUAGCAAAGAAAAGGGGACACAAGUCCAUUACUCUGGAGACAGCAAAAGACAUUGCAAAAGCCUGUGAUAUUGAUGAAGACAAAGAGAUCAAAACCCUGAUGGACUAUUUGCACGACCUAAGAAGUUUAAUCCAUUUUGACGACAACGCAGACCUUAAUAAGUUGGUGGUUUUAGAUCCUCAGUGGUUGGUUGACGUUUUUAAGAGAGUGAUAACUGUCAAACCGUAUGAUCCGUAUGAUCGUAAAGAAAAGAAAGUCGUAAGCUUAUGGUGUAAGCUUGAGAAGGAAGGAAUCCUGGAUGAAACACUUUUGAGACAUGUGUGGGGCCCCUUGUUUGACAACGAAGACGAGCAAACCUUCCAGAUUCUUAUAGAAAUAAUGAAGAAAUUUAGUUUGCUGUGCCCAUGGCCUUUAGGUGGCAAAAACAAGAGUUACCUUGUCCCAUCAAUGCUGAGAUCACAUCCACCAGAGGAGGUUCUUGGGCUGGUUAAGAAGGCAAAAGUUCCUUCUCUUUUUGUCAAAUUUUUAAACGGCCAGGUGCCUCCAGAUUUGUUUCCACGUCUGGUUGUGCAGUUUUGUCAGUGGGUCAAAGACGAAUGCAAGAUAAUAGAACAGCCUCAGUUGUUCCAUGAGUUUGCACGACUUAUUACAUCUAAAGAUGGCGACUCGGUUAUCCUUAUCUGUCACUCCUCAGUCGUUGAAGUUGUAGUUCUCGGAGAUGAUGACAGUCACAAAUUGGCAGAACGUCUGUCAGCAAACAUGACAUUAUCAACAGACGUCCAGGUUGAAACCACUAGGUUAAUCUGUCCUAGUGAUGUUCACAGGCAACUAGUUUCGAUACUUGAACGCAUGCACAAUGAAUCUCGCUGGCAACGAGAUAUGAGUUACAAAAUUAGUUUCUUAUGUCCAGUCUGCUCUCCUAAAGGAGUUGUUAGCUACUGUCAAAAUCAUGGUAAUGAAAAAUGCAAAGAAGAAGAAUGUCUGCACUUCCUGUGUGAGUCAGAGCUGCGCAGUGCCAAAGAAAUAAUAGUUUGCCCCAAGGCUUCCUUUUCUCCGAAUCUUAGAGUGCAAGUGAAGCUAUUUGAACCUUGGUUUGCUUCUUCAACAGAGCAGGUAUGUUAAUAGCGUAGGACAUGUUUCGAUCCUACCAAGGACCAUCUUCAGCGACAAAUCUACGUUGCCGAAUUACUGUUACUUAACGCGAACGACCAAAAAACCGGCUAACCGCGUCAGUACAGGAACGGUACAAUUUAUAAUUAAAGCAGUGCUUAUAACAAAAUCGUCUUCGCUAACUCUAACUCGCUGAGUCUCAUGGACACUUUUUCAAGCGUGUUCACGACUUUCUCUCUCUUUUAGUUUCUGUUUAUCAUUUAAGAUCUGUUUUUGUACAGACUCAUGAACAUUGUAAUUAUCCCCAUGGUUAACGCUGCGGUAAACAUUCCGAACGUGAGCAGUAAUGAUACUGUUGAGCAGGCCAGAAGUAACGUUUCCGCAACAGAAUUAAAGAACGCCAUUUUUUUAGCUUUAGAAUCAGUGGAAACUAAGAAAAAGUACGAGUAUACUCCAUGGUCCUUGGAAGCACAGAUGCAAAAGUCCUAGAACUUUUAGAAAUUUUACCCUCUGUAGAACACUGUUUCUUUCUGUACUAACGGGAAGACAAAAGGUUAAGGGUACGGCAGGUCUGUGGUUUUAAGUUUCCAAGCCAGUGUUCCUCACCUUCCAUACACCAGGUUUUAUAACACAGAUUUGCUCUACGUUCAGGCCAUUGAAAUGGAAAACAAAAAUAAUUAGGAACUAACAACUAUAUGUGAUUAUAGUUAUCGGUAUCUUUUGUUUUUUGCAGGGUUCGGGCCUGCCCAGCUCAGAUGGCACAACGAAAGAAGCGCGAGUCCAAAGUAUUCCAGCAAAUUGUGCGAGAGAGUUGAACAUCACCCUGUUGGCGAGUGAGUGGAGUUCAUCCAUGGGUGGCUUGUCAACCUUAAAUAGAGAGCUUGCAGUUUUACUAGCGAAGCAACCUCAAGUCAAUGUCACUGUCCUUGUUCCGCAAAACGCUUGUUCUGAAGAAGAUAAGAAGAGCGCGUCACAUUCAAAUGUUACCAUUCAGGAAGCAAAGGUGCGUCCAGGCUAUGAUGAUCCCCUAGACUGGUUGUGCUCUCCACCAAAAAGCCUUUCAAUCGAUGUCAUUGUGGGCCACGGUGCCAAGCUAGGCAAACAAGCCCAAUUUAUUACCGAGUCUCAUAGUUGUAAGUGGGUGCAGAUGGUGCACACGGCACCUGAAGAACUUGGAAUGUACAAGGAGUAUCCUGGGGCAGUUGCUAAAGGUGAAAUGAAGAAUACAGUUGAAGUAGAUUUGUGCCAACUGGCAAAUCUUGUUGUUGCUGUUGGGGCUAAGUUAAAGGAUGCCUAUUCAUCCUACCUUCGGUACUAUCAGAAAACCCAGGAUCUCAUUCAACUGAUUCCAGGUGUAUUCGACGAGUACAAAACAGUAAAGCAAGAAUCCCAGGAAGGGAAGACGUUUAAGGUUUUAACCUUUGGCCGCGGUGAUCCUGAAGACUUCAACCUCAAGGGAUACGACAUUGCUCCGAAAGCAGUAGCUGAACUAGAGGACAACUCCUAUUGUUUGGUUUUUGUUGGUACACCCAAAGGGAAACAGGAUGAAGUCACGAAACGUUUGCUCGAGUAUGGAAUCCCUAAAGAUCAGCUUAUUGUAAGGGAGUUCAUUCAAAGUAAAGAAAGGCUGAAAGCACUGUUUUGUGAGGUUGACCUUGCCAUCAUGCCUUCCAGAACAGAGGGCUUUGGAUUGACAGGUCUUGAAGCAUUGUCCGCUGGUCUUCCCAUUCUAGUAAGUGGCAAUUCAGGAUUCGCACUUGCACUGCAUACUCUUCCACAGGGGCAUUCAUUCGUUGUGGAAUCCAAAAACCCUAAUGACUGGGCAAAGGCAAUAGCCUCUGUUCGUCAGAAAGAAAGGGCAAAGCGUCUUCAAGAAAUCCAAUCCUUGCGAACAAAUUAUGAAGAGAUGUACAAUUGGGAGAAACAGUGUACAUCUCUUGUCAAGAAACUUUUGAGUUUGACUAAAGGUGAGCUUUCACUCUAUUUAUUUUAUCAACUGUUAAGAAAGAAAUGAACGGUUAAACGUUAUGUGAAUGUUUCUCAGGUUUACAGCAACAAAGGUACUUUUCAAACAUACCCUAGUAAGAUAAAGGGGACAGACGGCCAAUUGUUGUUGCUGAAAAAAUUUAAAUAUCUUUAAGUCGUCUAGCCGUUUCUAGUUAGCGAAGGUUGAUUAUUCCGUAUCGUCACACACGGAUUGGUCAUCUGUGGCUUGAAUUUUCAGGACUUACGUGGACCAUGUGUAUUGGGGCUUCAUCGGUAAAAAAAGUGGGAUCACUCACAAUAAUUACGUGUUUCUAUACGUGUAUGUGUGCACAGUGUACUUGUAUGUAUAUUGCGUUCUGCUGUAGCACUCAGAAUGGUACAUAAAAGUACUCGGAGAAGGGAAAGACUUGAGCACUACAUUGCAGUAUGCUGGCUUUUGUGAGUUCCAAACAGUGCACCAUAAAAAUCGGAGGAGUGAAAAUUGACGAAAUGACGUUAAAACUGACUAGACGACAAGAGACGGCUAUGAAGUAAAGGCAAGGCGGCUUUACCUCUAUAAAUUAAGAGGUCAUGAUGAUUUGAUAAUUUUUAAACCAAUGCUUUGCUCAUUGAAACCCCAUCGAAGAUGAUUAAUCACGGAAGUGAUUAAAACUCGAGUCAUCAAUGACUUAUUCGCCUGUGAUAAUGCAAGGAUUAUCAUUUUUUCUACAUAUAGGAGAAAUUUUCAAGAUGGACAAAGUAAUAGACGUCAUUGGAAAGACAUUUUUUCGUGUUUGUUCGAAAAGUAUUUCAGAUAUUACAACUGUCAGGUGGUACGCUUGGGCUGCCUGUGCAACAAAACCUUAAUAGCAGAUCGCUUUUUCUCACUCUUUCACGUUGUCUGAAUCUCCCCUUUUACCAGAUUUCAUUAUCAUUUGCUUUUUCUUUCAUCCCUCCAGAGACUUAAAGAGUUUGUUCGUGCGACAGGUAGUCGACAGUCAAAGGUUAGUAUGUUUUUGUGCAUGUUGAUUCAAAACAAAGGAGAGGAGAUCUUUACCAUAUAAUAAGUUGCAGGUUACUUUCGGACAUCAUUUUUGUGCUACUGCGCUGCCUAUUGCCCUUUCGUAAACGGCAGUUGCCAUUAAAAACGGUCGAUGCCAUCGUUGGUAACCAAGCCUUUAGUCAUGAUAGAUUUUUCCCUGGAUUAAGUUACAAAUAAGGCAAAUUAUACGUUUGUAGUCUUAGAAAGAAAGACGUUAAAGCCCAACUUGAAUUUACGUUAAAAGUUAUGGAAAGGGCUAGGGCCAACUGUUAUUGAUGUAUCAGUUGACAAAGAAAGAUUGCUGGUUUAUGUGCUAAAAUGUUUCUUAAUUUUGGCGGGUCGGUGUGGUAUUGCGAUGGUAAGAUAGAAAAGAUACGGAAAGUCCGGUUCGAGGUCCGGGUUCGACCCUUGGUUGCGAUCUUUUUUCCUUCUAAUAGAAACACUCUCAAUAACAGGUCAAAAAUUUUCCAACUGUCUCAAAAAUGGCGGCGACCGUUUACGAAAGUGCACUGCAUACUCACAAGUUCGUUACAAAUUAAUGAAAGAAAUUGGGCGAAAUAUAGCACUUCACACGUUAUCACGUUUGCGAUCUUCGUAACCUAACUUUUCCAAGGCUUUGACAAUCUACCUUUCUUCUCAUUUUACAAACACGUGCACAGUUGAUUUUUGUCCUAGAGGAGCUUUAUAAUGCAAAGCUAAAAUGCAGGUUAUUGUCUCUUCUGGAGUAUUCAUGAAACAAGGGGGUUUUAGAGAACCUUUUGCUUAUCAUGUUAGUGUCCAAUAUAUUUGUUUUCGUAGAAGGAAAGAUGAGCUUUCACCUUAACCGCUAUUUAUAUGAACUGAUAGUGUUGUUUCUUGUUUUAUCGUUUUCCUUUACUGCUGAGAAUUCCCUAGGAAUUGCAGCAUAGUGAGCAGCUUUCCGGCUCAUACCAGUUUAUCACAAGUUCAUCUAUUUCAUAAAUACCAGGGGACCUGCCCGUAUAAGCAAAUUCAUAGUCGGGUUUAUUUUCUGCCGUAAUGUUAUUUUCAAAAAGAGCAUACCAAAGCAAAGCAAAAGAAGAGUAAAAUUAUGCACCUGUCUAAACACACUUCUCGUAUCCACCAGUUUAAUUUCUAAAAAUAGCGACUUCGGGGUUCAGCUUCUGUAAUUUAGAAGCUUCGAUAUUUCUUUUGUGGCCCCUUCCUGUUAUUAUACAGUUGAACCUCAAUUAAGCGGCCACCAAUGCACGGGGUCCCGACAAGCCUGGCUAAUGGAAGUUAGCCGCUCAAUAGAAGCUCUUCACAAAUUAGCAUAAGCUUUAAGAAGCCACCUUCUUUUAAGCAGUCAGUUAUCAACGUCCCGAAAUAAUUGCAGGGAAGACUGUAUUACAAUUCGGCUAUCCACAAGUUAAACAUGCAUGGAAAUGAAUGACGUGAAGCUAAUGUGUAUAUAUUGAUUUAUUUAGGAACUGCCAGGAGAUGUUGGUGAGACUAGUUUCAGAGACUAGUUAAUCCAAAAAACUACAAUAAUUAUCAAGAUUCUUAAUGAUAUGAUAAAAAAAAAUCUGUAAACAGUAGGAUUUUAAAAGAUAAUUGUAUAUAUUUAGAAAAUAGAAGGUAUUGUAGAAUAUUUCAUCUAACUGUAAGCGCUUAAGAUGAAGAAGCAAAAAUGUCAUUACGAACUGAGCUAAAUAUGUGAGUUUGUUUGUACGUUAUACCACAGUGAACCCAAGCUUUACACAGGUCUACUCCCUUUUAUCGUAUGCACUAUCGUUAAAUUACAGACUUAAUUAGCAAGGGUUGUUUGUUUAAGCAGUUUAGACCACUUGAUUUUCAUCAAGGGAACGGUGUCCUUUUUUUUCAAAUUUAACCCUAUUCGCGUUCAAAUGAAUGCAUGUUUGAUAUAAGGCAACGAAAAAAAUAUUCUGAGAACGUCUCGCGGUUUGAAAUGGGUGAACCAACAACAACAACAAC